GCCCCUUUCAUAUUCUAGUCGCUGAACCAGCUGCUAGUUUCUGCCUACUCCGUUUUUGGACAUGUAUCAUUGUCAUGGGAAGGUGACAUCAUCGGGUAGAAUUUAGCCAAUGCACCUUAAAUAUGACUUCUUUCACCUUAAGUUACUAAUUUCAUGUAUACAUCUGCUCUUUUAUACUAUAAAAUAAGAGCUUUUUCUAUCAAAGUAUUCGCGGCUUCUAAAAUGAAAUAUUCUAAAUGUACCCCCUUAAAUUUAGUGGUAUAGCCUAUAUGGGUCAAAGGUUGGACAUCUCUUUCUGUUCUUCGUGGCGUCAAAUUUCCUCCAAAUUUUGAACGUUGUUCAACGUUUUAACCAAGAACUGACGUGACCUGCAACUGAACUGUAAAGGCUGUAAUGGGCCUGGAAACCAGUGAAUCGUGCAGUGUGGUGAAACAACAAUUCCGUCCAACUGUAAGUGUAAGGUGAAGCGAAUGUUGGAAAGUUACUGCCGUUAUCCAAGAGCUCGAGAAAAAUGUCCUCUUCACAGCUUUGCGUGUUGCUGGUCGUCUUGUCGAACGGUUUCCUCCGAUGUUGCGGACUAACGGACGUCACAGAGACCGUCUUCCCCAACCACAUCAACCACGGAACCAUCGCUGCUGUCGGCGACUUCAACGCGGACAAGCAAACGGACCUGUUCGUGUUGACCAACCAGGGACGGCACCUGGAUAUCUUACUGAUGGGAGACAAGCAUCCUCAGUACUUAAAAAAGGACAGACGACUGCAGCUGGACAUGAAUGAGACGAUGACAGGUGUUGUACCAGGCGACUACGACGGAGACUCGCAGAUGGACAUCCUGGUGACGACCACACCCGGUAACGCCAUGGCAACCAGGGUGCACAUCUUCUGGGGGAGGACAAAAUCUAUUGGUCCGUCUGUCACCCUACCAGUGUCCUUUACAGAUGAGCCCUUAGUGAUGGAUUCCAAUGGCAACAUGAUUCCGGACAUCUUCGGUGAAACGUUGGAAGGACAUCGACUAUUCUGUGAAGUCCUGGAUAGAAAUCAGGGUAACGUGAGUUGCCAGCCCCUAGGAGGGCACAACGAUACCCAGUUACCUCCGCUGAGGCGUCCGCACUCCAAUGCUUUCCUAGACCUCGUGGGAACCAACCACUUCCCAGAUCUGUUGCUCACAACAAGAAAUGAGUCUGCUUCUGUGUUCUCAUUUGAAGUUUGGGAAAAUCAGAAUGGAGUAUUCACCUGGAAUGGACAACCCCUCUAUCUGCCACCAGGGGUGACCGUAGCACACAUAGGACAGUCAGCAUUCGCAGACAUAGAUGGGAAUGGAAAACAGGACCACCUCCUGCCUGUAUGUGAGGAUUCAGACUGUCGGCAAAGUUCUGUCUAUGCUUACCUGGAUGAUAAGUGGUCUCUUGUGCUGAAGACGACCGCCUCUGAUGAUGUGACCUGGAGAUUCGUGCCCCCGACAGUCAGUAACCAGCCCAUCACCCUACGGAUGGGGGACCAUAACCUGGAUGGCUUCCCUGAUGCCCUGGCUGUCAUACAGGUCCAGACUGACAAGGGUUAUGAGAGGAGGGCAGCCCUGCUGAUUAACAGUCCCUGUGAGGAUAUCGUCAGCUGCACACCUGGGAAGAGAACCUUCACUGUACAGCCCAUCACAGCUGUACCAAACGUCACUGUCGCUACCUUCUUCGACCUGUUUGAAAAGGGUGUGUUGGACAUAGUGUUGAUGAGUGAUCAGGGGCCGGGAAAGGACUUCCAGCUACAUGCACUGGAGAACAGCUUUAGUGAAGACGUCUGCUUCCUCAAGAUUAUGGUGUUGAGUGGACUGUGUUUCUCUGACUGCAAGUCCGGCAAGCCAUACGGUGUGAACCAGCCUGGUCCUCUGGUCUGGUACAAAACCACUGGGUCGGAUGGAACCACACAGACCAGCUCAGCUGCCCAAUUGAGUCAGACUGCCCACCUGGCCCUACAGUUGCCGUACACCGUGUUCGGACUGGGGAGAACACCCAACUUCGUGGAUGAGCUCUGGGUAGAAAUACCUGCACCACCUGGCAAAGACCCACGUGUACGCCGGUGGACCUCCAUCAUUCCGAACUCUCAACUCAUCAUCAUCCCACAACCCAUGGACCAGCCUGACCAAUGGCUGAACAAGUUACUGGUGACCCCGGGACAGCAGGCCCUGCUGACGGCCGGUGCACUGUUGGGGACAUGUAUGUUCAUCGCAGGGAUCGUCGGAGGGCUUCACUGGAAGGAGAGGAGACAUGACCAGAAAGAGAGAAGACAAGAGGCUCAUCACUUCCACUUUGAGGCACUGUAACCAUGGUUACAGUUAGACGGAGGGAGGACAACAUCUGUUGCAACUACAUGUACAUGUAUAUAGAUGGAGCUGCAUAGAAGCAUACAAUGU